CUAACAUCGACCACCAUCGAGGCUACAUAAACAUCUCAGCCAUAGGAUGGACUCUGAAAUAGACCAGAACAGGGACGCAAUUACGAAGCCGGAGUCCAGCUCGGAGGCUGUGACUCGUCACAAAACUUUCUAUUGCGAAAAUGUCAUUUUCAAGGUUGAGAACACUCUCUUUCAAGUACCAAGGUACAAAUUUGAGACUUUGUCUCCAGUGUUUGCGAACAUGUUCGACAUGCCUUCAUCGGAUAACCCAGCAGUGGUGGUUGAGGGUCGGAGUGAUGAGACCCCAAUCGUACUCGAAGGGUAUACGGCAGUCGACUUUGAGAGGUUACUCUCACUUCUCUAUCCAAGCGGAGACCAUGUGUCUGGAGACCCGGUCGCUCUAACCAGCAAGGCGGAAUGGCUCAGCGUUCUGAAACUCGCAACAGUCUGGGAUAUGGCCAAGAUAAGAGAGAUCGCCAUUGGGAAACUGACCCUCUUGACGAUGACACCGACAGAGAAGAUUCGUCUAGGGAGACAGUACCGUGUGUCUUCGUGGUUCGUCAAUGGUAUGAAAGAACUCGCAACGACGCUCGCGAAGGCGCCAGCUGUCUCUGUGGAUACCAUCGCAGCUGAUAUAGGAUGGGAAUCCGCCGCGAGAAUCAUGACCAUCGUUAGCAACCACAAGACUGCGGAGAUGGCCAGGGAGAAGAUCAUCCCUUCGUCUGGCGAAGUCAAGUUGCGGUUGAACAAUGUCUACUGCCAACGAGAAGUAUGCUCCAUCAACGAAGGCAAACGUAGGGUGUGUCCUCUAAACCACAGCCGCUUGUCCCUUUCGGGAUCAUCCAGGCGUCCAUUCCGGCCCAUUGGAUCGACUUUUGAUCCACGCGACGCUGUUUUCACCGACGAGGAGGAUUACUUUACUCAAAAUGAUGAUGAUUCGGAGGAAUUCGAUAUCGGUGGACCAUUGGGUCAGUCGUCUCGCAGAAGGCAUCCCCUCAGUGGAGUCGGAGGCUCGCUCUCGUUAGCUUCGACUCUGAGCGGGGGGUCACAGUCGCGAGGAAACUGCUCUAUCGACUGGUCUCUCCUCAAGACGCAAGUGACGGAGGCCUCAUCGCGCGAUGUUCCUGCGGACACAAUUAGGAAGGCAUUCGAGGAGGAGAUUAAAUCUUUACAUUGA